AUGUCUUCCUCAACGCAGGACCUCAUCCCACAACUUCAACUCGGGAACACAUUUGGGGCACUUUUUAUCGGGGUCAUCAUUGCAACAAUGCUCUUUGGUCUAACCAAUGUUCAAGCUUUCUUCUACUUUCAGACGCACAAGGGCACAGGGAUCACAUUCAAUACACUGGCCGUCCUCUGGCUCUGGAUACUCGAUGCUCUGCACCUGUUUUUAAUAGUCCAUUGCAUCUACUAUUAUUUGGUGACGAACUACGCGAACAUCAGUGCACUCACAAACAUUGUAUGGAGCUUCAAACUUCAGAUCAUCAUCGAUGUUUUAAUCAUCUACGGGGUACAUGCUCUGUAUGCCUAUCGCAUAUGGAUAGUCGCCAAGGGCCAAUCAAGAGCCCUCCCUGUAACAGUGGGUAUAAUUGUAAUCCUAACCUCAGGCGUUUCCAUCUCCACGAUUUGGGCCGUGUAUCAGUGUCGCAUGUUCUCGGAUCUUGUUAAAAUCCAGUGGUCGACAUAUCUGGCUUUGGGCACGAUUACUUUUAUCGAUGUCGUUAUUGCAUCAUCGCUAUGCUAUCUCCUCGCUACUUCCCGUACUGGAUUCUCUAGCACCGAUUCCAUAAUAACAAAGCUUAUGGCUUACAUCAUCAACACUGGUUGUCUGACAAGCAUAUGUUCAAUGGUGGCUGUGAUUACAUGUGCAGCGAUGCCGCACGACUUUAUCUUCCUCAGCGUUGAAUUUUUACUGGCUAAAUUAUAUGUCAACUCGUUCCUCGCACUCCUGAACGCGCCAAGCUACUUGCAGCCUACCACAGAUACUAAGAACAAUUCUUCUGAAGUUCAUAUGCGCCACGCGGUCUACCGCCCGGAGCUGAAUAUCAAGGCGUUGCAAGACGAGGGAUCCCAGGGAUCCCGGAAGAGCAUGUUUAAACAUUCCGGCGAUGAAGGGAUGCAUAAAACUCGAUCUGCCGUGCCACAUCGCCCCAUUGAGGUGACGGUAGAGACGAGUUCCUUCUCGUCGGUGUGAUAGACCGGUACUAGUAUGCAUUGUUGUCUGUCCGUCUCUUCGCAAUAUGGAACACAUGAGUCUUUACCUAUUAAAUCAUCACAGCGGUGGGAGACGAGGGAAACCCAGUCCAUUAUAUCUCCAUUUUUUCAUAUAUCACUACUACCUAAAACUAAAGUCCUUCGACAUACAUGAAUUCACAUACACGUGGAAUCCGAGACUUGGUGGCCUUGCCAUCCGCCACCUGCGACUAAGAAAACCACGUUGCAAUAGCGCGACAAAAUUCUCGUCACAGAGGAAUUUAUACUCAUAAAGUGCAUA